AUGCCCGGACUCACGAUACAAACAGACGCGAUCUCACCGCGCACAUCGAGUGCGCCGGCACCCGCGCCAUCUACGUCUGCGGCUGCUGGUCCGACUGCUGCCACAACCUCUUCGGCAGGCGGAACAAACCCACCACAUGCGCAGCAGACCCCUCCGCGAUCCUCUCGCUCCUCAUCCCCCGCCCGGCCCCCCAUCAGCCCCAUAACCCCGACCCUACCCCCGGCCCGUCUGCCGGACCCUCCCGCCCCUUUCGCUGCCGACCGCCCUGUCCUCACCCACUCUUCCCAGCCGUCCGCCGCUACCGCCAUCCCCCCUCCGCGUCCCGAACCCAUCGACUUUGAUUCCAACCCCGAUGUCCUCGCCCUCAAGUCAGCCAUCUCCAUCCUCCAGAUGCAAUCGAGAAAGGCCGCCGCCGAUAUCCAAGGGCUCAACGCCGCAAAAAACGCCGCCGUAGAAAAUCCGUCAGCUUUCCUCGCCGACCUCGGCACAGGCAAAGUGCACACGCAAGGCGACAAGCUGUUUGCUGAGUCUGAUUCGGACUCAGACGACGAGACAGAGGGCAAAGCAGAUGGGAGUGCCGCGCAAGGCAAGGCGAAGGAACCGCCACAGCCGUGGGAGUCACUUCCUAAGCCCCAGAACGUGGUGCGCUGUCCGCCCAUCAACUGGUCACAAUAUGCCGUCGUCGGCGAGUCUCUCGACAAGAUUCAUGCGGACCAGCUGGCCAGACCAAGCCAAGGCGCUCCGGCAACGUUAGGACCCAGCGGGACAUACGAGUUCAAAGGGGAGCCCGGAGGUAACCAGAGACCCUUCAUCGGCGUCGCGGCCCCUUACACACCUGGGAAGGACAGGAUCGAGAAGAAGGCAAGGGGAAGCAAGCGAUGA